ACCAGAGUCUUUUCAACUUACCGUUCAACGGCCGUAUCUUCUAACUCCUUAACCAAAUCUUCCAAUAAACAACAAUGAAGCUCUCCGCCGUCCUCGCUGUCCUCACCGCUGUCGCUGUUCAGGCCCAGGUUACUGAAGAUGUCUCGAGCGUUAUUGAGGACGUCAGCUCGGUCGUCUCCUCCCUGACCGAGUCCGCAUCAGAAUCCGCCGCAGAGUCCUUCACUUCCUCCAUCGCUGAAUCCGCCUCCUCCCACAUCUCGUCUAUCCAAUCCGAAGCCACCUCUGCCAUUUCCUCGGUCAGCUCACGGGUAUCCAGCGCUACGGCCAGCGCCACUCAAAGCGGUAGCGGCCCCGACGAAACUGACGCUGCAGUCCUCACCGGCGCUAACGGCGUCCUCGCUGGCGUUGCCGCCGGCAUCGUCGCUGCCCUCAUCUAAAUAACAUAUCCACUUUGGACUCCCCCUUUUUAAUACUACUGCAAACCUGAUGUUGUUCUGGUUGUUGUUCUUACCUGCCGUGUUUCGCAAUUCUUGUUGACCUCGCAAUCUUUUUUCAUUUACUUGGACACGUUUUCCGCUAGCUUAUUUAGGGUAGGAUGAUGAACUAAACGCCCCCUGGUCGCUGCAGAAAAGCUCGUAUUGUUGCUUUAUUGGUCGCAUUCGUUAUAAUGUCACACUGCGUUCACUCGUUCCUUUUACUGAUGCCGUCGUCGCUGAGUUCCAGAACGUGCCCUCCUGAACAGGAUAGGCGCUGUUUUCUGUGGAUCGAGGGGAA